UUAAUCAUUUUCAAUGAUUAAUAACAUAUUGGAUAUAUAGAUUGUGAUAAAUUGAAAUAAAUAAUAAAAUCAAGUCCAUGUUUACGAUGGAUGUCUGGUUAUAAUUGAGGAUUAUAUAUAUAAAGCUCAACCAGUGAGGAGUCAGCCUGUCAUGACAAAUAAAAUUUGAACAAUCACAUAUAUUUGUAUACAUCCCACAAUACAUAUAUGAAAAUAAAUAAGUAUAUAUAUAUAUAUAAUAUAAAAUUGAAGAAAUUGGAGUGGGCAAAGUCGCGGUUAAGUCAAGCUCACAAAAGACAUUGGUUGAUCAUUGGUGGACACCACACCACCACGAUGUUUAACAUGGUGGGGAGAAGAACAAUCUCCUUCUUUUCAUACUACGGGCUACAAGUUGACUUGGUAUCAGGUGGGGAAUAAAAUUGGUGGAGGGUAUAAACGCGAGUAAAAAAAGAAACAAUCAAAGUAUAUAGAAGAGCAGAAAAAGACAGCAAAAGAGUACAAGAAAGACUAAAACUACAACGACAACGACAACAGAGUAGACGAGAAGGACAACGUUGACGUCUAUGACGACAACGAGGACCAAGUGAAUAUACGACAAGUCGUACACACAGGCUUACAAGUAUAAGAAAGAAGGAAUUGAGGGGCAACAACUAAAAGAAGGGGUGAAAAAUAAAAUAAAUAAUAAAAAAUAGAGAAAAAAGAGUAAGAAAGAUAGGGAGGGGAGCUUGACAGAAAACCGAGGACGAACGGCGCCGACGACGACGGUGUUGGAUGGCGCAACAUUGGAGGACAGAGAAGCCUCUUUUGGACAGAUUCGUGCGACAUACUCUGCGGUGAUAAUCCCAGAGUCCUAUCACCAUCACCUUCAUACACAUCUUCAUCGUAAUCAAAACAAUACUAUUAUGUAUGAUAAACGUGAUUAUUGUUCUAUUGUUUAUUCUAUUAUUGUUAUAUAUAUAUCAAUCAGUGAUUUUAAUUAAAUGACAUUUUAAUCUUCAACAAAUAAAUAAAUAACGUCUUAAAUUUAUUUAUUUAUUGAUAAUAACAAUAAAAAAGAAAACAAUUUAAAGUGAUUAUUUUUUCUUGUUCUGUUUUAUUGGAUUUUAAUUGUUCGGUGAUAUUUUUUUUUGAUUAAUUAUUGAGAGUGAUCUACUGUUUGAUUUUUAAAGAAGAUAAACUAAUUUGAAAUGAGAUCGAAGCCAGUUGCAAGACGACUUGGACAGGGUAGCAGUGACGAAGGUGAACCAAUUUCAAGAAUUGGUGAUGCUAGUGUUGGUGGCAAUACCAGUACUGCUGUUGCAAUAAGUGAUAAUACAGAUAUGGAUGAUAAUUCUCAUUCUUCAAUUAGGCAUAUUAAUAUUUAUCCAGAAACAAUAAAUCCUGAAAUAAGUAGAGAAUAUCCAAGGAUAGACUCAACUUAUGGAUUUCCUCAAAAUAUUGAGCAUCAAUUGAAAGACAAAGAUGGCUCUAUUGAUCUUUAUCCAAUUGAUUAUUUGGAAUCAAUGAGACAAAAACCAGUCAAAGAUGAAACUAUAUCUGAAUGGCUAUCACCAGUUCCAGAAGUUGAAGUAGGCAGUCCCGGAACUGAGGGUCCACUUGUACGAGCAAGAAAAGACAUACAAAGAGGUGCAAGAUUUGGACCAUUUCUCGGAAAAUGGGCAAGUCGACCGGAUAAUCCAAGAUAUGCAUGGGAGGUCUGUAUUGCGGGUAGUGGUGUACGGGGUUGGCUGGAUGCUUCAAGGGAAGCGGGAAAUUGGCUGAAAUACAUCAGAAGCACAACAAAUCCCCACGCCGUCAAUAUGCGUCAUGUUCUCAUCGGUGGCCAGAUGGUUUAUGAGGCUGUAAGAGAUAUUCGUACUAGUGAAGAAUUACUAAUGGGUCUUCGUGAACCACUUCAACUACAAGAUAUGCUUGAAGACAAUCCAAGUGCUGAUAGAAGUGAUCGUGAGACUGCAUCACAACACAGUGGUACUGCUGACGAGGAUCGAGAAGAGGAAGAAGAAGGAGAAAUUAGAUGUACCGUUUGUGAUAAACCUUUUCAAGACCUUGACUUAUUAGAUAGCCACUUGGUUAGUUGUCAUCGUUAUCCAGCAGCUCAACAUCGUUGUGAAAAUUGUUCACGUGGAUACGCCUGGCGACCACUUUUAGUUCGUCAUCGCGCAAUAGUACACGGUGAUUUACGCAAAUAUCCAUGUGAAAAUUGUCCAAAGGUAUUUACAGAUCCAUCAAAUUUACAACGACAUAUACGAACAAAUCACGUUGGUGCUAGAAGUCAUGCAUGCACUGAAUGUGGUAAAACAUUUGCAACAAGUUCUGGAUUAAAACAACAUACACAUAUACAUAGUAGCGUUAAACCAUUUAGAUGUGAAGUUUGUUUUAAAGCAUAUACACAAUUUUCAAAUCUUUGUCGACAUAAACGUAUGCACGCUGUAUGUCGUAUGCAAAUAAAUUGUGUUAAAUGUGGACAAUCAUUUAAUACUGGUACAUCAUUAUCAAAACAUAAACGUUUUUGUGAUUCAACAAAUUCAAGUGGACCACCACAAUCACAAUCAUCAUCAACAACUGGUACAAUGCCACAAAUACCAACAUCAGCACCAAAUCCAUUUCUUGUUUAUUCAAGACCACCAGUAUCAUUACCAGGUGGUUUAUCAUUUUAUCCACCAGGUUUAAUGACACCAUAUCCAAAUUUAUUUCAAAAUACACAUAAUUUUUUAAAUUCACCAUUAUUAUUUCCACAAAAAAUUCAUGAUGAUACAAAACAACUUAGUGAAAAUCAAAAAAAAGAAAGAUAUACACCACCAAGAAUAAUUCAACAAUCACAUAAAAUAUCACCAUCAACAGCUGAAGAAGCAACAUCAACAUUUAGACCAUCACCAGCAAGACCAACAGUACAACAAACACCAGAUAGUGAUGAUGAAAUUAAAAGAAAAAAAAAUAUCAAAAAAGAAAUAACAGAAAAUAAUAAUAACAAUAACAACAACAAUAAUAAUAAUAAUAAUAAUAGUAAUAAUAAUAUUAAUAAUAAUGCUGAAGUAAUAACAUCAUCAUCAUCAUCAACAUCAUCAUCAUCAACAACAUCAGUAGUAUCUGAAGAAACUGAUCAACCAUUAGAUUUGAGAAUUCAAACAAAAAAACAUAACGAUGAUAAUAUUGAAAUUAUUGAUAAAAAAAAAAUUAAAAGUCGUUCACCAACACCAGUUUGUCGUGAUAUUAUAUCACCAGAACCUGAGCCAAUUAUUGAAGAUGAUAAAAUGGAUAUUGAAAUAAGAGAAGCAAGUCCACAACCACGUGCAAGUAUACCACAAGAACAUCCACCAGCAAAUACACCACCAUCACAUAUGGCAUAUCCAAGACCAAUUCAUCCAAUGUUCAUUGAAGCAAUGUAUCGUAAUCCAGGUUCAAGUUUUCCGGGUUUUCCUGGUGUACCACAACCACCAGGUGGUCCACCUGAUUCACGUUUAUUACCACCAUUACCACCAUUUGGACCACCACGAGGAUUACCUUUUUUAGGAAAUCUUAUGAAUGGAUUAAAUACUGGUAGACCUGGUGGUGGUGGUGGUGGAGGUUUUGAUUUACUUGGUAGACCAUCAUUAACUGGUUAUUCAAAUGUAAAACCAUUUCAAGAUGCUAUUAUGUCACAUCAUCAUCAUCAUCAUCAUCAUUCACAUGGUAAAAUAAAAGAUCGUUAUUCAUGUAAAUUUUGUGGUAAAGUAUUUCCAAGAUCAGCAAAUUUAACAAGACAUUUGAGAACUCAUACUGGUGAACAACCAUAUAAAUGUAAACAUUGUGAAAGAUCAUUUAGUAUAUCAAGUAAUUUACAACGACAUGUUAGAAAUAUACAUGAUAAACAAAGACCAUUUAAAUGUCCAUUAUGUGAACGUUGUUUUGGACAACAAACAAAUCUUGAUAGACAUUUAAAAAAACAUGAAGCUGAUGAUGGUAGUGUUGUUGUAUCUGUUGCUGAUUCACCAGGUAGUAGUAAUGAUAAUGAAAGAGAAGAUACAUAUUUUGAUGAAAUAAGAUCAUUUAUGGGAAAAGUAACGUUUGGUGGUGAGGGUGGAUAUGGAUUAUCACAUCAUCCGGCUUAUAUGCCAGGUAGAAUUCAUGAGAAUAAAAAUGAUGGUGAUUAUGACGAUGAUGAUUACAGUGAAGAAGGUGUUUCAAUGCUUGAUGAUGCUGAUGCAGUAUCAUCAAUUGAGGGAAAAGAAUCACCAACUCAACACUAUGAACUCAAGUGUCGUGAUAAACAAGAACUUUUAAAUAAUAAUACUGCUGAUCCUGUUAUUGAAAUAUCAACAUAGUCAAUUGAUAAUAAUUGUUUUUAUUAUAAUUUUGUUAAACAGCAAAAUUUUAUCCGUACUUGAAUGGCUUUCUUACUUAACUUUUAUUAUUAUUAUUUUUAUUUGAUUUUUUUUGUUUUUCAAUUAGUUUCUAAAAACUUUUUAUGUACACGCCGAUAGAGACACGUAAUAUUAUUAAUUUUUGAUUUAAUUUAAAAAAUAUUUAUAAUAUGUCAUUGAUGACUGAUAAACAUUAUGUCAUCAAUGUUAUCAAAAAAAAAAAAAAAAAAUUAUAUAAACACACCUACACACAG